AUGAAGCGUUUUGUGUAUAUAAAUGAUGACGAUGUAGCUCAAGAUCUCUACUGUGACAAUCGCAUAUCAAACAGAAAGUAUACUAUACUGAAUUUUCUACCUAAAAAUCUAUGGGAACAGUUCAGCCGAUUUAUGAAUCAAUACUUUUUGUUGAUUGCUUGCCUUCAACUAUGGUCUCUGAUUACUCCCGUGAAUCCUGCAAGUACAUGGGGUCCUCUUAUAUUUAUUUUUGCAGUCUCUGCAACAAAAGAGGCAUGGGAUGAUUACAAUAGGUAUCUCUCAGAUAAGAAGGCAAAUGAGAAACAAGUCUGGAUAGUGAGGCAUGGAGUUAGAAAGCUUAUUCAAGCCCAAGAUAUUCGUGUCGGAAACAUUGUCUGGCUGCGUGAAAAUGAUGAAGUUCCUUGUGAUCUUGUUUUGCUUGGUACAGGAGAUCCGCAAGGGAUUUGUUAUGUGGAGACAGCCGCACUAGAUGGUGAAACUGACCUGAAGACACGAUAUAUACCUUCUGCAUGCAUGGGAAUAGAUGUUGAGUUGUUGCACAGAAUCAAGGGCGUAAUUGAGUGCCCCAGCCCAGAUAAAGAUAUUAGGCGAUUUGAUGCGAACAUGAGACUGUUUCCUCCAUUUCUUGACAAUGACGUGUUCCCCUUGACAAUAAAAAAUACACUCCUUCAAUCAUGCUACUUGAGGAACACAGAGUGGGCAUGUGGAGUUGCUGUAUACACUGGCAAUGAAACGAAGCUAGGGAUGAGUAGGGGUAUACCUGAACCAAAGCUCACGGCUGUAGAUGCCAUGAUUGACAAAUUGACUGGAGCUAUAUUCAUUUUUCAGAUAGUUGUCGUUGUUGUACUUGGUAUAGCUGGGAACAUUUGGAAAGAUACAGAAGCAAGGAAGCUGUGGUACGUUCGAUAUCCAAAUGAAGGUCCUUGGUAUGAACUACUCGUUAUCCCUCUACGAUUUGAACUGCUUUGCUCCAUUAUGAUUCCUAUAUCUAUAAAGGUAUCAUUAGAUCUAGUUAAAGGUUUAUAUGCAAAAUUUAUUGACUGGGAUGAUCGGAUGGUUGAUCUAGAAACAGGGACUCGGUCCCAUGCAGCUAACACUGCGAUUAGUGAGGACUUGGGGCAAGUUGAAUAUAUACUGACAGAUAAAACAGGAACUUUGACUGAAAAUAAAAUGAUCUUCAAAAGAUGUUGCAUAAGUGGAAGACUUUAUGGGAAUGAGAGCGGCGAUGCUUUGACGGAUACAGAGCUGCAUAAUGCUGUAUCCAGUGGCUCGGAGGAUGUAAUUCGGUUUCUUAAAGUUAUGACCAUUUGCAAUACUGUGAUUCCUGUCCGAAGCAAAAGUGGGGAAAUCUCAUACAAGGCCCAAUCCCAAGAUGAAGAAGCUCUAGUACGCGCUGCUGCUCGUAUGCAUAUGAUUUUUGAGAAUAAAAAUGGGAAUAUUAUUGAAAUCAAUUUCAAUUCUUCAUUACUCCGAUAUGAAGUGCUAGAUAUUCUGGAGUUCACUUCUGACAGGAAAAGAAUGUCUGUGGUGGUUAAGGAUUGUCAAAGUGGGAACAUUUUCCUCUUUUCUAAAGGAGCUGAUGAAGCUAUCUUUCCUCAUAGUUAUGCUGGGCAACAGAUAAGGACUUUUGCUGAAGCUGUUGAACAAUAUGCUCAACUGGGUCUGAGGACGUUAUGCCUUGCGUGGCGCGAAGUAGAUAAUGAUGAGUAUCAGGAAUGGGCCUUGAUGUUUAAAGAGGCUAAUAGCGCACUUGUAGAUAGAGAGUGGAGAGUAGCUGAAGUCUGCCAAAGAUUAGAGUGCAAUUUAGAAAUUCUUGGUGUUGCUGCCAUAGAGGAUCGACUUCAGGAUGGUGUGCCAGAAACAAUUGAGACCCUUAGGAGAGCUGGUAUAAAUUUUUGGAUGCUGACUGGAGACAAGCAGAGUACUGCAAUACAAAUUGGUCUUUCUUGUAAUUUUGUCUCUCCAGAACCUAAAGGCCAGCUUCUGAUGAUUGAUGGAAAAACUGAGGAUGAAGUGUGUAGGAGCCUUGAGAGGGUUUUGCUUACUAUGAGAAUCACGAAUUCGGAACCUAAGGAUGUAGCUUUCGUCGCUGAUGGCUGGGCUCUUGAAAUUGCUCUUAAGCAUUACCGAAAUGCAUUUACCGAACUUGCAAUUUUAUCAAGGACAGCUAUAUGUUGUCGUGUCACUCCAUCACAGAAGGCACAGCUGGUUGAACUUUUGAAGUCAUGUGACUAUAGAACUUUGGCCAUUGGGGAUGGUGGAAAUGAUGUGAGGAUGAUUCAACAAGCUGACAUAGGCGUUGGCAUAAGUGGGAGAGAAGGAUUGCAAGCUGCAAGGGCAGCUGAUUACAGCAUUGGAAAAUUCAGAUUUUUGAAAAGACUGAUUCUUGUGCAUGGACGUUAUUCAUAUAACCGCACGGCAUUUCUUUCGCAAUAUUCAUUCUACAAGUCCUUGCUGAUAUGUUUUAUCCAGAUCUUUUUCUCUUUCAUUUCAGGUGUCUCGGGGACCAGCCUCUUUAAUUCAGUCAGCUUGAUGGCUUAUAACGUGUUUUACACUAGUGUUCCUGUUUUAGUCAGUGUUCUUGACAAAGAUCUAAGUGAAAAAACUGUAAUGCAGCAUCCCCAGAUACUUUUUUACUGCCAAGCUGGAAGACUUCUCAACCCUAGCACAUUUGCUGGAUGGUUUGGCCGAUCUCUCUUUCAUGCAAUUGUUGUUUUUGUUAUCACGAUACAUGCAUAUGCCUUUGAGAAAAGUGAGAUGGAGGAGGUAUCAAUGGUUGCACUUUCAGGAUGCAUUUGGUUACAGGCAUUUGUCGUUGCAAUCGAAACCAAUUCUUUCACAAUAUUGCAACACCUGGCUAUAUGGGGCAAUCUGGUCGGUUUUUAUGUCAUCAACUGGAUUGUUAGUGCAAUCCCAUCAUCUGGGAUGUACACAAUUAUGUUCCGCCUAUGCAAGCAACCCUCUUACUGGAUUACAAUGUUUCUAACUGUUGCAGCAGGAAUGGGACCCGUCCUUGCACUGAAGUACUUUAGAUACACGUACAGAUCGAGCAAAAUCAACAUUCUCCAACAAGCCGAACGUUUAGGAGGCCCGAUCUUGUCUUUGGGCAACAUCGAGCCCCAGUCAAGGUCCCUCGAAAAAGAUCUCUCACCUCUAUCAAUAUCACACUCCAAACACCGUAACCCUGUCCACGAGCCUCUGCUUUCGGACUCCCCCAAUGCCACGAGAAGGUCUUUUGGACGUGGGACCCCUUUCGACUUUUUCCAGUCCCAGUCCAGAUUGUCUUCCAGUUAUACUAGGAACUCCAAGGAUAGUUAA